UGCUCUUAUUUUUAAUCUAAAGGGAGACUUUGUUUUCUUUUGUGUAUCCUAGCCCAAGGCAGUGCUAGUCUUCUCUUUCACACUUGGCCAUGGGCUGGGAUAGGGUUUCACUGCUCAUAGCUACACUUCUUGUCGCUUCAUUUCCAUUUUCUUUUAUCAGUUUCUGUCCAAAAUCAGCCAUUUGAACGGUUAGUUUUCCAUCUGGGUCGUCUUUGAUUUUACUUUGAUCCUUUGAGCACAUUCUAUUUGUGCUAGAAAAUUCUCAGAUGAGUUAAAGUAUGUGAAAAUAAAAGCAGAACCUCUCUGGGUACUUGCUAUUUUUGAAAUGGUUUUACUGUUUUCUUGUUCUACAUAGAAACUGUUUCUCUGUUUUUUAGUUGUGUCUGUAUCUAGUUUACUUGGGUUUCGAGGAUUUAUAAUUUAUUUUCUGGGGUUUGGAGUAGACAGAUGAUUCAAGAAGUUCUGAAAUUUCUGAGAUCACCCAUUUGGGUUUGGUGCUUUUGGAAAGUGGGCUUUUAGAGUUUUACUCUUUAAGAUCAGUGUUUAUGAAUCUUCUGCUAUUUUUGCUUCUGGGUUUUUCAAUUUUAGGGAAUUAGGUGUUUUUUUUUUUGUUCGGUUGAGGUGAUAUGGAGGAGGUUGAAGAAGCUAACAAGGCAGCUGUUGAGAGCUCCCAUAGAGUUAUUAGACUCUUGUCCCAACCUAAAGAUCAGGUUCAGUGCAGAAAAUUAAUGGCAGAAGCAGGGGAGGCUGUGUUCAAGUUCAAGAAAGUUGUGUCUCUCCUAAAUGAAGGUCAUGGUCAUGGAAGAGUAAGAAGACUGAAGAUGUUCAGAUCAUCUUUGCCCCAACAUAUCUUCCUUGAAAGCCCGACUUAUAAAACCAGUUGUUCUCCUAAGCCUCUCCAAUUACUCCCAACGAAUUUCUCUGAGAACCAAGUUUCAGAGAUUGAACCAAAAUCUAAUACUUCUGUGCAGUUGACCCAGAAAAUGUUUCUGGAAAACCCCUCAUUAGGUAUCGGUUCAUCGGUGAAGCAUCCCUUGCAAAUUGUUCAACAAAAGCAAUCACAACAUCUCCAUCAGUUACUUCAACAGCAGUAUCUUCAUCAGCAGCAUGUUCAAAAAUUGCAGCUUCAGCAGCAACAGAUGAAGCAUCAGACUGAGAUGAUGUAUUCUAGGAGUAACAACAAUAGUGGCAUAAACCUAAAGUUUGAUGGCUCUAGUUGUACACCCACCAUGUCAUCCACUAGAUCAUUCAUAUCAUCUCUGAGUAUGGAUGGUAGUGUACCAAAUUUAGAUGGAAAUUCCUUCCAUUUGAUUGGUGUGCCUCAAUCAGCUGAUCAGAAUUCACAACACAGGAAAAGAUGCAGUGGCAGAGGAGAAGAUGGUAGUGUGAAAUGUGGUACUAUUGGUAAAUGUCAUUGCUCAAAGAGGAGGAAACUGAAGGUGAAGAGAACUAUUAAGGUGCCUGCCAUUAGUAACAAGGUAGCAGAUAUUCCUCCUGAUGAGUACUCAUGGAGGAAGUAUGGGCAGAAGCCAAUUAAGGGAUCACCACAUCCUAGGGGAUACUAUAAAUGUAGCAGCAUGAGAGGUUGCCCUGCAAGGAAGCACGUUGAGAGAUGCGUGGAAGACCCUUCGAUGCUUACUGUUACUUAUGAAUGUGAGCAUAACCACUCCAGGUUACAGUCAUCGCAGUCGGCCCAUACCUAAGAACUUCAUGAGCAAAUCUAUUUUAUGUGUGCCUUGUGGAAUCCAAGUCGCAUACAAUCAAAUUUGGUUCAUUUUUAGUUGGGAAUUGCUCCUGUAUAUAGUAUGUGGUCUAAUCCUAUGACCUAUGGUAGAACAGACAUAUGGUUAGGUGGGUAGUGUUUUCAAGGUAAUUCAGCAUUUCAGGUGGGGUGGCUUUGAGCCACAGUUAAAUGCAAGGUUUUAUAAAAGAAGGAGCUGAAAAUUGGAAAGUGAAAACUUCUUGAAUGCUAAGCUGUCCUCUUUUUUGUUAUUAUUUUCAGUGUUUUGUUUAUCCUUAUGGGUUGUUCUAUCAUUGCAUC